AAUUGCUCAGUAGAACCAAAAAUGAACAGUAGUGUUAUGACAAUUGUGACAAGAUAUGAUAAGAAGCCUGGCUGUUUACUUUUUUGUGAUGCAUAUAAAGCGCACUACUACUUUGAGUUUUUCUGUGUGCAUGCAAAAGUUUGCAGUAUGCAUCCUUGCAGUUAGAAUAAGACCCUGAGUCUUAUUCCUUUUCUGCACAAACGUGCUGCAGAGUAACCAAACUUUUUUUUUAAUUAAUCUAUUUUUAGUUUCGGGCCAGGCUGCUGUGUGCAGAGGGGGAGCGUGCGUGCCUCGAUGACCCCCAUCAAUCUGCCACGAGCCGGAGUGUGACAAUAGCAUUAUCAUACCAAUACACCAUUCACCCUCAGCCAAUCAGGACGCGGCGCUUUCACUGCUCCGCACGAGCUGCGGAGUAUAAAUCGGGGAGACUGCGCCUUUGGAGGCACUCUGCUCUCUCUCGGAUUUACUCUCCGUACGAACUCUUUGAAGCUCUUCCACUGCGGAAUAUCUCCAUCCUCUUCAUCAUGACUCUCGAGGAAGUCCUGAUCCAGAAACCCGCCGAGCGUGCUCAGUGCACCGGCAAAGCCCUGGAGGAGGUCCUGGUGGCCGCUAAAGACAACCAGUCCCUCACCGUCGGCGUCUACGAGUGCGCAAAAGUUAUGAACCUUGACCUGGACAGCGUGUCCUUCUGCGUCCUGGCCAUGGAUGAGGAGUUCGAGUGUGACAUCGCUCUCCAGAUCCACUUCACCCUCAUCCAGUCCUUCUGCUUCGACAACGACAUCAGCAUCGUCAGAGUGAGCGACAUGCAGCGUCUGGCUGAGAUUGUUGGAGACAAAGCGGAGCAGCUUGAAGAUGCUCACUGCGUCCUCAUCACGAACCCAGCUGACGGGUCUUGGGAGGACCCUGCUCUGGAGAAGCUGCACCUGUUCUGUGAGGAGAGCCGCCGUCUGAACGACUGGGUUCCUGAGAUCAUCCUCCCUGAGCGUUGAUCUGGGCCUCAGCUCCUCACUUGGUCAGAUGCUGCAAAGCUUCUUUUCUGGAAAUACUCAUCCUGAUGGACAGGAUGACCCUGUUUCUGCUCAUCCCUGGAUACUCCUGAGGAGGAUUCCCGUCCAGGCAGCACGGCGCCGGCCCGAGGGGCCCCCGUGAACCGUCGCCUCUUGUCCCGUCCAUGCCAAGAUGACUCUCAUUCUUUAUGUGAAUGAGGUCAGGUAUGCCACGAGAGCGACACGUCGACCCUCAUUCUUUGUGCGGAUGAGGUUUGGAGAGGAAGGAGAAGCGCGUUCUGCGUCCUGUGGUUCCACAGAGCGAACGUGGCACGUUGAAGCACGCGCAGUAGGAGAAGAAGCGGUGCUGAGGAAGAGGCCUUCUUAAAAAGGGACUUUUUAAAGUUGUCCUCUUUGCUGAGCAACAUGGCAUCAGUUGCAGUCAGCGGAAAUCUUUCUCACUUUCCAGAAUUGUCUUAAUUGUCUAAAGGUUUCACUUUAGAAAUUUAACAAUGACAAAAAUAUUCUAAAAUGAAAAAAAAAAAAAAAAAACACAUGGAAAAAAUGUCUAUUCUCUAAAGGUUUCACUUUAGGAAAAUGACUUAAUUAAGUUAAUGUUAAAAUAAUGAGAAUUUGUUAGAUUGUUCUAUUAAAAUGUUAAUUAUAUGUACUAAAUACAAAAAUGUUGCAAAUGAAGUUGUGACUGGUGGUGUUUUGAUCUUGCUGAAAACAAAUAAUUUAUCACAACUGAAAUUAUAACGAUAUUACCAUUAUAUAAAGAGGAAAUGCUCAAUAAAAGGCAAAAACAAGA